AUGCGCGGGUUUCUCGUGGCUCUUGUCGAGCUGAUCGUGCUCAACGUUGGUCUUUCCGCGGGAAUCCUCACCCAGCGCGUCUUCUCAAUGUUUGUGCUCGAGGCCCUCACGCUCACAUUCCUGACAACGCCGACCGUCGUCACGCUAUACCCGCCCGAAAUGCGCGUGCGCGCCGCCGUCGGGGGCCCUCACGCGCGUGGACACGCGUCCGGGGCCGCGGUGGUUGACGCCGCGGAGAAGGGCACGCAGAGCAGCACCGAGAAGAGCGAGGGCGUGAGCAUCCGGAAGAAUCCGCUCGGCGACGACGGCGACGAGCGCAAGACGCGCUUCACGAUCGUCCUGGACAAGGUCGAGCACCUGCCGGGCAUGAUGGCGCUUACGCAGCUUAUCCAGCCGCCGCCCACGGAGAGCCCGCAGGUGGGGAAGCGCAAGAGCCUCUCGCCCUCGCUCUCGACACAGUCUGCGCUCGACAAGGAGAAGGAGAAGGAGCGCGGCCCGCCGGCGCUGGCAAGGCACGAGCCCAGCGCGCAGGACGUGAGCAUUGACGCGCUGCGGCUCAUCGAACUGUCAGACCGGACAUCUGCAGUCAUGCGUUCGUCUAACGCGGACACGCUCAUCAACACGGACCCGCUGCUCAACAUCUUCAGCACGUUCGGCGACCUGAACGGCAUCAACGUUUCGUCGUCGCUUGCGAUCGUCAUGUACGACGACCUCGCGUCGAGCGUGGUGGAGCAUGCCCAGCGGCACCGCUCGCAGCUCGUGCUCGUGCCGUGGCUUCCCCCACACCAUACGAGCGAGUCCGCUCCGUUCGACGGUGCCGAGACAGCGCCGGUGACGCCGCGCACCCCCACGGCGUACAUGCAGAACCCGUUCGAGGCGCUCUUUCGUGCAACGAAUACAAGCGGGACCCAGUCCGCAUCGGCGCUGCACUCGCAUCUCGUCCGCGGUGUUUUUGCCCAGGCGCGCACGGACGUCGCGCUCUACAUCGACCGGCACCAUCCGGGCGAGGGCAGGCUGCCCAUGCUCGGCAGCAUGCAGCACAUCUUCCUCCCCUUCUUCGGCGGGCCGGACGACCGCCUCGCGCUGCAGUUUUUGGUGCAGCUGUGCACACACCCACGCGUGACGGCGACGGCGGUACGGUUCAUCAAGCGCGAGUUUGACGAGCUGCGGCAGAUGGGGUCGCUCGAGAAGCCGCAGGUGGCGCAUCUGGGUGACGAGCGGCCGAAUGAGCUGACCGUUGCGACGGUCUCACAGACGACCGCGUUCCCCGACACCGUGUACGGCGCGCCGACGACACAAACGCGUUUGCAGUCGGAGACGGCAGACAACGUCGCAUGGUCGCGGUAUAGCUCGUAUCAGGGGCCCGACGACGGCCCGUUCGCGCAUGCACUCUCACCGUCAUGGAGUACGCCUCGAACGUUACCGAGCGCGCGAUGGAGAGACGGUGUCGGCCCAUGGCUGUCGUCGGUCGAUCGCGGCGGAUGGCUGCUGAGAAUCACUUUGCGGAGCUGA